AUGAGUCCCCAAUGGAUACCGCAAAAUAUACAAAAGAGACUACUACUAUACGUACUCAACCAGUUGUCUUUAUUUUCAGAAGUAGACUUGCCAAACCUUGAGGAAGUAUCCUUGAAUAACAUAACAUUAAAAGAUAUAAGUAUUGAUCCUGAAAAGGCGGGCAAACUCCCGGGAUUCAAUCUUCGACAUGGAAAAGUGGGAUUUAUAGAGCUAACAACUAUUUCCGGGAUCAGUGGAGUCAAAAUUGAUGCAAAAGAAGUCGAUAUUGUUGUUUCUCCUGAUUAUGAUGACGACAAUACCGCAAGCCACUCUCAGUUUCUCUUGGCCCAAACUACUGCAGACUUGGCUAAUACUAUCAUGUUGGAAACUGAUAACUAUGAGAUGGAAAAGAGUGAGUCUGCUGUUGAUAGCGAUACUGACUCAGAGGACUCUACUCCAAUUGUUCCGACUUCAAGAAGGCGAAGCUCAACUAUAUCAAACAAUUCCACUUUAGGGAACGUUAUGCAAAGGGCAAUGGAGAUGGCACUACUGAGACUUCAAAUUAGUAUUUCGAAUCUAAACAUCAAGUUAAUAACCGAGCUGACUGAUUUGCUAGUCGAAGUGGAAGAAGUCAAAAUAGUCACAGUCAAUGGUACGCGGAAUAUCAAGGUGAAUGGUGUCACUAUAAAAACUUUACGACCAUCAGUUCCAUCAGGGGAAAACGAGUUUGAAGCGGCUGGCACUGAAACAACCGACAAACCUGAAGAUGAAGAAAAUGAUAAUUCAUCCGACUAUGGAGAGGAGGCAUUAAUGAACAGUAUGGUUUUCACCCACGAGGAGGCAAGCUCGAUAUACAUGAGCGCAACAUCGCAAUCCUUUGGGAAAUCAAUUCCAACUGAAGGACCACUCGAUAACAAACAAAAGGAUGAAGCGACAAAAGAACCACCAAUUCUAUUCCAUAUGAAUCUGUGUGAAAUUGAAUUUGAUGGACUAAAAGCAAUAUCCAACUUGGAAGUGAAGAUUGAUAAGGUGAAACUUGCGUCAGUUCCAACGACAGCGACACUAAUAUCCAUAUUCGAAGGCAUAACUAAAACGUUGAAAGUCAAGCUUUAUCAAAUGAAGAGAAAGUCUUCAUCAAAAGGGCAAAGGAGUAGUGAGAGGUUCCCGCAGUAUCCCAAUGAUGAUGAUGACGUGGAUAGUGAAUCCCCUGAAGAUGUAUUGGAGAAUGAACCUUUGUUCAAUAGUGUCACGAUAUCGAGCUUACAAAUAACAUUGAGCGCAGCAAUUAAAAUGGAUGGGUCUUUUGCAAAGCUGGGCGGACCCAUAAUCAAUCUAGAAAAUAUCACUGCAAAACAAAAAAAUGAAUUACGAUUGUUUGGUAGUAUUGAGACCGUCGAGAUAAUACGUUUCUUGGAAGGCAAUGAAUUCAAAAUUUUCUAUUUCGAAAAUCUACGCGACCCUGGAUAUCAAAGGUCUGUUUCUCCACUGAGUGUUCUGUCAGAAACGUCGCACAAUAGUGAAUCUACAAAGGCAGAUUUUCGUUUUGAAGUGUUUCAAAAUGAAGAUGAUAAAGCAAAUAUUGAAACUACACUUUUACUUGCCAAGGCCGCAUAUCUCAACUUAGAUGAGGAAAGUUUGGGGUCAUUGCUCAAAAUCGCAAAUGAUAUCAUGUCCAUAUCUGCUUGUUAUAGCAAGUUCAAGGGUGUUUUGAAUAGUAUACAGAAGCUUCGAAAUGCAACUGGAUCCACCCCCAACUCAGAAGAGGUGAAACAAGAGCACCUAAUAAUACAAACAGCUUCAAUCAAUAUGUUAAUAACUACGAGAAACAAUUUGAAACUUCAAAUUAGAGUCCUUCCAAUUUCUUAUGACUCGAUGAGAGACGGGUUGAACAUUGCAUCCAUAACUGGUCAUGGAAUUGUCGAUAACCAGCCAAUUGGGACAUUAUUCAGCAUUACAGGAGUAAAUGUGUAUCCGAAAUCAAGAGAGUUCAAAGCAUUCAUUCAACCAAAUAAUGCAAAUUCCAAUAGAGCAAAUUAUUUACCCCGAGCUUCCACUUUGAAUACAUCAUUGAUGGUGUCAAUUCUGAACAUUGAAUAUGUUUCGACUUUGGGUCAAUUGAAGCUUUUGGUGAAGGAAUUACAGAUCCUAGGAGGCUCUUUGCUGGAGAAGUUGACAGACAUUGAGAUAGCUACGCCAUCCAAAUCCGUCAAACAUUUGAAGAUUGACAAAUCGAGCUAUUUGUUGUCAUCCAGCAGUAAUUUGAGUAAGAAUAGGAGAACGGGAAUUGGUCUCAACAGGAGUCCCGUAUUAAUGCCCAGCUCGCAUCGCAUAAACCAAGCUAAUUAUUGUAUCCACGUUGAAAGGGUUUCAAUUAAGGUGGAUGACAUUUUACCCAAAUUUGGAAGCCUAAAAAUGGAUGUAAUUGAUAUUAAGCUUUUCAAAUUGAAGAAUGAUGUGCUAGGCUCUGUACUUGCUUUGAAUAUUGUACGCAUGAAAAAAGACUUGAAGGAGGAUGUUCUUUAUCAAUUCCAGGGCUUGGAGGCAAGUUCAAUCGUGGUACCAUUAAUCACGUUCAAAUACAAGUCGAUGGAAAGAGCUUCCACUUUGGAAAUCAGUGCGCGGGACUUUUUGUUGGAGUACUACACCCACUGGCUCUCGUUGUUUGGUAAGGACGAAUCGAUAAUUGAGCACGUGGAGGAAGAAUUGAUUGACACGACACCACCAAAGAGGCAGCCUUCUUCUCAUCGAUUCGAUGUUAGGCUUACCAUGUACAAUUGCUUGAUUGGACUCACACCAGGUCGGUUAGAAUGUAAAGGCUAUUUGACGGUCUCCAAGGGUAAUGUUGACUUUGUAAUUGGAGCCCAUCAGUUUCACAUUAAAAGCUCUCUUCGAGACAUUGCUAUUCUUUUGAUUGAUGAUAUGAAAAACGUGUCAUUAACCAAGGAGUCCAAGAUUGAUCAAACAAGUGACCAAGCAGUUGCAGCUGACGUUUUGAUUAAUCGAGGAUAUAUUCAAGUAGGAUCGAUUAAUCUAGCUCACAUAGGACUAACUUUCAACACCAAUAUUGAAGAAAUUAGAAGGAGGAAUCACGAGUUAGAAAUUAGGGAUUGUUUAUCUAUUAUUGACUUCAAAAUCAACACAGAUGAGAUACAAUUGGAUUUGUGUGCGGAUUCUGCCAACACCUUCAUACAAAUGAUUAGUGAUUUGAAGCUACCUUAUGACUUUGAUGACAAGGAUAAAAUGAAGGUGAGCGUUAACGAGGAUGUGAAUAUUUUAAAUGGCGUUGACAGCAAUAUUUUUAAAAAUAUAACAGAGUCGUUUGCUGAAAUGGACUUAGACGAAGAACCGGUAUCUGUGGAAGCCAGCUCAGAAUCGAGUUCAGGCUUGGAGUUCCAAGAUGAACACUUUGACUAUGUAUCAAACUACAAAUCCGAUAUUGAGGGAAUAGACCCGCUAAAGGUCAACAUUAACUUAUCGAGAGUAGAGGUUUAUUUAUAUGAUGGCUAUGAUUGGAAGGAUACGAGAAAGUCAAUACGGGGUGCCGUCAAGAAGAUUGAGUCAGAGCAGAAGAAGCGGGAGAGAGGCUCUGAUGAAGGCACCCAUCAUAUUGGUGCCGAAGGCGCACCGACUACAAAUACGACAACAGAACAAGAGUCCUCACUGGUGAUCCAGGAAACAUUGUACCAAUCAAUAUAUGUUAGUGCACCAAAAGCUGCCAAAGGAAACGAUCUAACUAAAAGCAUUAAUUUCGGGUUGCAAAACGAUGAAGAAGAACUUGACGACCAUAAAGACAAGGUUGAUGCUAAUAUAAAAAGGGGUAAAAAUUACAAAAAUCUUAAAUUGAGAAGAUCUGCUUAUCACAAAGUGGUGGCUGAUUUGAAAAGCAUUGAUAUUGGUGUUGUGGUGUACUCCACUAGAGACCCAAGACGCGAUAAGACUGAUCCAGAUAUGAAAGUUGAGCUUUUGAAUUUGGUUGAGUUAGGGGUUGGAACUGUUGAUGUAUAUGACAAUGUUCCAUCAUCCACUUGGAACAAAUUUCUAUCUUACAUGAACAUUCUUGGAGAAAGGGAAGUUGGAACUAGUAUGGCAAAGGUUAGUAUACUCAAUGUGAGACCCAAACCCAAUUUAGUUGCAGCUGAAGCAAUCAUGAAGGUGUCUGUUUUGCCAUUAAGGUUUCACGUUGAUCAAGACACUUUGGACUUUAUGACCCGUUUCUUUGAUUUCAGAGAUUCAAGAUUUGAGUUGCCACCAGAUGAGAUAUUAUAUAUCCAAAAGUUUGAGAUUAGUCCUAUUAAGUUAAAGGUUGAUUAUAAGCCAAAGAAGGUGGAUUUUAUAGGGUUGCGGUCAGGUAGGACUGCUGAAUUUGCCAAUUUUUUCAUUUUGGAUGGGUCAAAGAUCACAUUACCAAGGGCUCACCUCUUUGGGAUGCUGGGUGUACCAGAGUUGAUGCGUGGCUUGGGAAAAGCAUGGGCUCCAGUAUUCCAACUGACACAAGUCUUAGGUAUUGUUUCUGGUGUUUCAUCAUUGAGAUCAGUGGUAAACAUUGGUGGUGGAUUUAAAGAUUUGUAUGUUGUGUCAAGAAAGGAGUAUCAAAAAGAUGGUCGCUUCUGGAGAAGUCUUCAAAAGGGAACAAGCUCGUUUGCCAAGACUACGGGGUAUGAGUUGGUUAACAUGGGUGUCAAGCUAGCCUCUGGUACUCAAGUAUUGUUGGAGCAAGGUGAAGAAAUGUUGGGUGGCGAAGGGUCUUCAUCAAGAGCCAAUCGCACAACACGCCGUGGAUCAGAUGAGGGAUUGGAUACUUCGAUGGAUUUAGGUGAAGCAAAGAGUAGGAAUAAUGGCGGAGGCAGUGGUAAUGUUCUUUUGAGCUCGCAAAUUUUGAGCAAACAAGCAGCAGAAAAGUAUGGAGAUGAUUUUCGAUUCAAUGGACAAAAGAAGCUAUAUUCAAAUUAUGAAUUUGAUGAUGAGGAAGAUGACACGUUUGGAAUUGAUAGGGAAUUUUUAAACAAGUCUAUCUUUUUGCUACCUGAAGAUGAAGAAGCGAAUACAAGGAAUCUAUCAACCCUCAAUGAAAGUGAUGAAGAUGGAAAUGAAAAAAAUAUGAAUUUGGCCACUGGGGGUGAAAGUAUCGAAGAAGACGAUGACGAGAGGUAUGACGUUUACGCCUUUGAUGAAGUCGAUGAAGAUGAACUAAAACAAAAAAUGGUUAGCUUAUAUUCAAACCAACCUGAAACAUUUCAACAGGGUCUCUUGUCAGCUUAUAGGUCACUUGGUAAGAAUUUCAAGUUGACAGGUAAACAAUUGACUAGAUUGAAGAAGGAAUUGGAUAAACAAGAGACAGUACAGGAUUCGAUAGUGACUGUUUUGAAGAACUCGCCGGUGAUUUUGAUUAGACCAAUGAUUGGAACUACAGAGGCGUUAUCAAAGGCAUUGAUGGGCAUUGGAAAUGUAAUAGAUCCUAAGCAUAUGGUUGAAAUUAAGGACAAGUAUCGAAGUGAAAGUAGCGAUGACGGAAAAUGA